AUGGUUUUGAAUAAGGUGUACCUGCUCACCAUCCUGGUGCUGUUUUACGUUAAUACCCUAUGUGUGGAAGCAGGGUGAUCCAAAAAGUUACACAUAAAGCUACCAAAUGAGGAUGAUGACUACUUGGGAAAAUUAAUCAACAUUUCGAGUAAGAUAACAAAAUACGCACAAAACAAUAAGUUUAAAAUUGCUAAAAUUUUAUCUACAUCGGCACUUUCAGCCUACUCGCUUAACUGGGUAUACCAGACAGGUGUCACAUUGCUAAAGGACCCACACUACUCCCUGUUCGUCCCCUCUAAUAACUACAUGAACAAUGCCAUUAGAAGGAUUAGGACAAAUUAUCCAGUGAAAAGUUACACAUUUAAAGUGAAUAAAAUUUUGGAAAGGAAUUUUCACCACGAAUAUGCCAACACAGAAAUGGGGCAAAUAUAUGUUGUAAAUAAUUUUGUGAAUUUUUUAAAUUUCUUACCCUACAAGUGGAGAAAAAAAUGUACAUACAACUUUUGUAAAUAUAAAGAAUUUGAAAAUAUCGGAAAUCUUUUUAACUGCAUCAGAAUAAGUAAGCAUGAAGGACCCAUUUUGUUAUUCCAGGGGAAAUUAAAAAAACAGUACUGGAUACAUUUGCCACUAAAAUAUGAAAUUGUGAAAAAUGGGGAGGAAGAUUCUUUAUGCACACUUACAUUUACUCCUUUACACAAAUAUUAUUCUGAUUAUACUAUCGAGAUAAAACUGGUGAAGGAGAAGGAAAAUAAUAAUGUAACCUUUAUCACCUCUGUUAAAUGCGCCAACAAGAAUAAUGGAAAUGGAAAUUCAUUCUACAUAAAUGUGAUUCAAAAUAUUGCCAUGUUUUUAGCAUAUGAUAUUUUUGAAGGAAUAAAUAACAACAUCCAUGUGGUACACAGAAGAAAUGCAAACUAUAGAAAAACAACUUUUAACACAUCAAAUGUCACUUUAAAAAGAAAAAAAAAAACAAAUUUUCAGUUCGUCCUCUCGCCGGUCAUCAACCCGUGGAGUUUUAAAAUACGGCGGAGUUAA